AUGACUUGGGAAUUGGUUGGGAUUCCUUGUAGGCAUGCUGUAUCUGCUUUGAGCUAUAGAAAACAAACACCUGAGGAUUUUGUUGAUGAAUGCUACACAAGGGAGAAAUAUGCUAAGUGUUAUGGAUUCUCUGUGUCACCUAUAAAUGGCCAAGACAUGUGGCCAGAAACUGAGAUUGAAGACAUGCUACCACCAGCUUACAAACAAGGGCCUGGUAGACCUAGAAAGGUGAGGAUUCGAGAAAGUGGUGAAGAGGGUGCUAGGAAAAGAAGGACUGGGGUUGCAUACAAAUGUACAAAAUGUGACCAGUUUGGUCAUAAUGCUUUGACCUGUAAGAGCCCCACACAGGACCCUGUUGCACUCAAAAGAAAGAGAAAGGUCAAAGCUAAAGUUACUGAGGUUGUUCAGAAUGAUGUUCAGAAUGAUGUUCAGGCUGAUAAUGAGGAGCAAAAUAAUGUGGAGAAUGAUCUGGUUCAGAAUGAUGAUCAAGCUGCUGUCCAAAAUGAUGUAGAGGCUUACCAAGUUCAUGAUGAGGUGCCAAAUGAUGUGCAGCAGAGUCAGACCCAGUCUAGUGUUGUAGACAAUAGUCAACCACAGCCCAAGAAAAAGAAAACAAUCAAACCUCACCAUGGUUUAAAGAUAAGGAGGAGUGAAAGAGUCAAAUUAAGUUGGUUCAAGAAACCAAUUAUUGGUCCAGGUUCAUCUGAGCAACCAAUCACAGUUGAAGACCAUGUAGAGACAUCAUCAAGCCUUGGAGUGUCAAGUAGGUCUUUGAAGAAAUGGAAGAAACAAAAGAGCAGUUGA